AGUGGGGGCAGACCAUGUUUUUGGGUUCAUUUUAAAUGCUCGAUUCUUGCCAUUGGUUCUGAAUGUGACGUCCUUGGCUCAGAAUAGAAGCAAACCCUCCAACCUCUCCUGCAAACUGGUCCAGCCCCACCUUUCCCUUCCAGCCAAGUAGUUUCAGAGUUUUGGCCGUGCCGUGCCGUACUCACCAAGUCUUAAGGGUGAGCUUUAGGGGAAACGCAGGUCAUGCUUGUGGAAGGACCACUGCCCACCUCUGCUCGGGGGGCGGGGGGGGUCUCUCAUGUACAUGUCCUCCCUGUUUGAUUCCCUCCUUUCCCUGGCAGAUGAGAUCCAGGCCAUUGCCACCAUGAUCGAGAAGCAGGCGCAGAUUGUGGUGAAGCCCAAGGAGGCCUCAAAGGAGGAGACGCUCCAGAAGGCUGCCCUCCUCGCCCAGUAUGCAGAGGUGACUGAUGAAGAGGAUGAUCUGGACGUUCAGAAUGGCUCUGGGGCAGCGGCAGCCCCAAUAACCAUCAACUCCGAGCACUCCUUGUUCAAAAACACCAACCUUACAGACGUGGUGAAUGCCCGGAAACUGGAGAGGGACCAUUUGCGGGACGAAUCGCAGCGGAAGAAGGAGCAGGACAAACUCCAGCGUGAGAAAGACAAGUUGGCCAAACAGGAGCGCAAAGAGAAGGAGAAGAAGAGGACACAAAAGGGGGAGCGGAAGCGGUAGCUGGGCAGAGCCCCCGGACCCCUCCCUGCAGCUGCUGGGCAGCCCCUCCCUCCACCCCCCUGUUGGGCAGCGCAGCAUGGGCCGGGGGUUGCCACAUCACGCAUUCGCCGCUCUCCCGGUUGAGCAGAAGGAAGCUGUUUGCACACUUCGCCCUGGGAUUACAAAGCAGCAGCUGGCUCUCUAGGCAAGGACCUGUGACCGUUGGCUUGCCUUGAAGCACCAAAAGAAAAUCAGCGCGCGUACGUUUUUCUACUUCGAUGUUAGGCUGACCGGUUGUGGCAACAUCUGUAACCAAAGAUUGUCUGGGGGCUACAUUCCCCCUCCCUCAUUUUCUAUUUUUAUUAGGCGCUUCGAGAGAAAGCGUGACGGAGAGGGGAACGUUGGAUACUUUGGUACGUUCUCUGUGGCCAACAGCUGUUUGGAGUGGUGAAGAAAAGCCCAUUUCAAGCGGGCAAAAGUCAGGGAGGCAUUUGGAAGUUGACUUCAGAGCCAGGGGUGGCCCGUUUGGUCCUUGGCGGCCAAAAAACAAUCCAGACUUUUCUUCCUGCGGGGGGGUGGGCCAAGUAACUCUGGGUGACGUCCACCAGCUUCACUUUUGAUGUCUAAGUAAAUGUUUUUGAAUUGA